AUUUAAGUAAACGCUUUCAAUAAUAUCUGAGUACUUGUCUGGAAAGUUUUAAAAGUCUCCUAGCACAACAACUGUUCAUGUCUGUGUUUUAACUUCCCGCAUAUUGCUCUUCGCGGCCGAUCCACGUAAUUCCUCUCGUCGGCCCUUGUUGCAUUGUUUGGAGAUCACAUACAUCAUGUUGGUUUACAAAGACGCGUUUACAGGUGAUGAGGUUUGCUCCGACGCCAUGAAAAACCUCCACGAGGAGGAAAACGGCUUACUCUUGGUGUGUGAUUCUUACAACAUCUCGAAAGGAGGUGAAGACUACGGAAUUGAAGUCAACGAUGACGAGGAGGGAGGAGGAGCAGGUGGAGCUGAUAGCACUGUGGAGCAAGUGAAUAUUGUAACGGAGUCAUUUGCCUUGCAACCAAUUCCCAUGAGCAAGAAAGAUUUUCAAGUCACUAUCAAGCGUUAUAGUAAGAGAGUAAAGGAGUAUUUGGAGAAGAAUCAACCAGACAGAGUGGAAAAGUUUAUGGAAGGAAUGAAGUCGUGGUUACCAAAGUUAAUUAAAGAAUUCGAUGAUUAUGAGUUUUACAUGGGCAAGAGUUGUGACCCAGACGCAGGUUUGAUUAUGUCCAAAUAUAGAGAUGAAGCUAUAUUUCCCACAUUUUAUUAUAUCAAAGAUGGAUUAGUUGAAGAAAAGUUUUAAAAAGACAAC